UCUCGCGCGCGCACACAGAAGAUCAGAACUUUGAGUCCAGUUCUCCCGGCCCCACGCGAGGACCUCCGCGAUGGUUCUGGGCGGGAAGGAGGGAGUCUGAGGAUCCGGUCCACCACCGACCCCCCUACCCCCCACCCCCACCCCUCCUUCGCCUUCAUCGGUCCAUCAUGUUCCAGCAGCUCGGAACCAACAAGAAAUGUUUCAGCAUCGAGGCUCUGGUCGGGAAGGACGCCGCCGGUUCCGAAGAGCCCAUCCGGCCCACGGCGCUCCGUUUCCCCGAGUCCAUGCACCCAGCCGCCGCCGCCGCCGCAGUGGGGGUUCUAGGCUCCUGCGGGCGGACUUUGUACGCGAGCGGAUCGGAGCUGCUGCUCCGGGAGCCCGGGACGCACGCGCCAGUUCCCGGUGGGCUUCACAUCCACGCGUUGCACGUGGGCCCGCAGAACCUGUUCGGGCGUCCUCAUCAAAACCCGCUCGGCCUUUUCCCGCCGUGGAUCCUUCGGAACCGGUACUUCCAAGGUGACGAUGGCGGUGGUGGUGGCGGCGGCGUCGGCGGCGCGGAGAACCUGCUGCUACACGCGCCGUUUUCCAGGAAACCCAAAAGGAUCCGCACGGCCUUCUCGCCCUCACAGCUGCUGCGUCUGGAACGAGCCUUCGAGAAGAACCACUACGUGGUUGGCGCCGAGAGGAAGCAGCUGGCCGGCGGACUCUGCCUGACGGAGACUCAGGUUAAGGUGUGGUUCCAGAACCGGAGAACCAAACACAAACGUCAGAAGUUGGAGGAGGAGUCAGCUGAGACGCAGCACAAAAGGUCAAAGGCUAGCCAGCACGUCAACCGAUGGCGAGUGGCCACGCAGCAGGCGGCCUGCGAAGUUGUCGACGUCGUCAGCGACGACUAAACCACGCACACGCGCACGCUCGCCAACCAGCGGUUUGGGGACAAACAAUGCCGCGGGAAAAUCUACGCGGCUAAUGCUAAUCUAUAAAACAUACGUGCUGUUUGACAUGAAGGAGAAAUUCCGUCUUUCAAAGUGGCUCUUGAACGCAACGCCAGGCUAGUGUUAGCUAGCUAGUGUUAGCCUCAAAGAUUUUUUUUCACAUUAAGCGGCACGAAAAAUCUUCUUUGUAGCGCACAAAUUGUAAACACGUUCUUAAACACGUGAAAAGAAGACGUUUACUCAUGCUAACGCUAACACACACACACACACACACACUGCAGGACUUCCAUGAAGUGAAGCAAAAGUUGAGAAAAAUGUUAUUUUUUUUGCAUGUUGUGAAGUUGAAAAUGUGCCAAGACAAAAACUUAAUGAAAUAAAAAUGUUAAGUAUGAAACCUUUUCUAUCAAGGCAAUAACUGAAGGCAUCAAUCAAUCAAUCAAUCAAUCAAUCAAUCAAUCAAUGGCUGACCAGUACUUUUUUAUUUAUGUAAACAAAGUAUUCUAUGCAUCUUUAAUAAUCUUGUUUUGUUCGCUUCCGUUGUCUUCGUCAUCUCAAGUAGCUCUUCCUCGUCCUCCUCUUCCUCCUUGUAGAUCACAUGCUCUCGGUGGUCUUGCUCCGAAAGGGGGCGGAGACAACUUUGUACUUCCUGUGCUGAGGUUUGAAAGGAAAUAAAAAAAGAAGUUUGCAUA